UACUGCCAAUCACAAAGUUGUUAUUUUUACAUGUCAAUUUCUCUGCUAUAAAUCGCAAUUUAGGCUUUGAAUUAUCAGAAAUGAUAUAUAACUGAUUUAUGUUGUCAUUAUUAUGAAAAAUUAUCCGAAAAGCGGUGUUUUAGCGCUAACUAAUGGUUUGAGGUUGUUCAGUGAAGAUUUCCUAUUUUGACAGGUUUGGGACUUCUGUGUAGUAGCAAUGCACAAGUUUCAAGAUGGAAGAUUCAAAUGAUUUUUCAGACUUUCAACCAGCAAAUAAGUCAUUCAGAGUGUUCAGAACAAAACAAAAAGGUGUUAUUAGGGAUAAGCUUGCUAAAUCUCAAAAGCUUACCCAAGUUGAUGACACUAAUGUUUUGCAAUCUCAUGCACGAAUGCGAAGAAAAAACGAAAAGUUCGCCAACUGUGACACUAACACCAACAGUGCCAACACUGGCAACAGUAGCAAUACAAGAAAGUUUCGUAACAAAUCUAAACCACCAGCAACCAAGGCGAAGAACCAAAAUUCAGGAUUGUGUCGGACCAGUCAGACGUCCUAUAUCGAUAACACUUUAGCGCAUGAGAAUACCACAGAGAAAGGUUUAGAUUCUGAUGUCACAGUUGUACAUCAAAGUCCACAGAGAUCCGAAAGAAAGGAACAAAGAUCUGCAACACCAAACUCCACCUCUAAGAAUCAGACAAUUUUGAAUUCCUACUUUGAUAUCAAAUCUACUCCAACAACACCAGUAGGAAAACAGACUGGUUCCAAUUCUUCAGGUAAAAGAUCUUCCCAGAAAGCAUCACAAUCCAAGUCAGCUAGAGCAAAAAGGAGAUUAUCGACUGAAGAUUCAAAGGUGCCUAAGUCUAGAUUAGGAAAGAAGAAGAGAGGAGCUUUACAAUCUCAAACAUCCUGUCGCAAGAAGAGAGUGCAAACCUAUGUCAUUGAUGACAGUGAUAGUGAUGUAGUUUGUAUCGGAGAUGCGGAGAGGGCUACAUCGAAACAGAAAAUGUUUGACGACUUUGUUGACAACGAGGAAAAGCGGGAUGCUGUGAAAUCAAUUGAUGUUGAAAGUGUUGAUACUGCUGCAACUGAAUCUUCAUCAAAAGGUUGUACAAAUUUCAACGAAUUGGAUGAAGAUGUGUGUCCAGGUGCUGAAGGAUUUCAGAAUUUUCAACUUGACAGAUCGGAUUCUGAAGAGGAUGUGUUCACUGGAAAUUCGAAAAUUGAUCAUGCUGUGGAAGAACUGUUUUCUGAUGAAAUGGAUGAUGAAGCUGGUGAAGUCUUACCCCUUGACAGAUCUGAAGAGGACGUAUUCACAGGUAGUGUCUCAAGCCACUUAAAAAAAGAUGUAUCUGGGGAUAACCUGUAUCCUGGUGGUGAACUUGGUUGUUGCACUGUGUUUUCACGCGACAUUUCGGAAGAGAAUAUUUUUUCAGGCAAUAUGACCAGCUCAAAACGUGUAGGGGAAGAAUGUCAAGAGGACAUAUUUCUAGAUCUGGAAGACAUCUCAAUGAGAGAUUGUGCAGUGAAACCAUGUUCCCAAGGGGGCUCCUUACUGACAUUGACAGAGGAUACGAAUCGGGACCAUGGUGCGACAAGUAUUGGACAUGACAAUGCCACAAAGGUUGAAAGCAAUGAUACCGGUUCCAAAGAUGUUAGCCAAAAAGAUUUUGCGCCACCUUCUAGUGACUUCCCCUCCCUAGAUGAGGGUGAAAGUGAUGAUGAAUUCUUUGCAGCUUUAGACAUAUUAGAGGAGAACCAGCGUGUGACGCGGAGUGAUAAAGAUUCCAUUGAAUCAACUGCGUCCUCUGUUUCUUCUACUUUAGCAUGUGGUCAACAACCGUCAAGAACUUCUGGUUUGCUCAGCACCCUCAGUAAUUUAUCAUCUCAGUUUUCCCUGUUUUCUGGAAGAAGUACAUUGACAUCCUCUGUACCGGACUCAGAAACAGUGGACUCUACUGGAAAAUCACAAAGCAGCAGCAAUGAGGUUCAGGAAACUGGUUACAAAGUGAAUUCUAAUGCUUCAAAACAAACUUCAAUCAGUUCAUUUUUCAAGGCUAAGUUUUCUGUGUCUUCGAAUGGUGUACCGCUAAGCGUCGCUGCAGGGACUCGGAGUAAAAGCAUGACUGCCACAAAAACUCAAAGACAAUCAAAGGAGGAAUCGUCUCAGUCUCAGCCAAACGCUUACCAAUCUGACAGCAGUGGAACAAGCAGUAACUUCAGUCAUCUCCAGGUUUAUAGUGGCAGCAAGAGAUCUUGUCCAUUCUACAAGAAAAUUCCAGGCACUGGCUUUACUGUUGAUGCAUUCCGUUAUGGUACAAUUCCAGACUGUACAGGGUAUUUCCUCACCCAUUUUCACUAUGACCACUAUGGGGGACUGGCUAAAAAGUUCUCACAGCAGAUCUACUGCAAUCAGAUCACCUGCAAUCUUGUCCGUAAGAAAAUUGGAGUCACAGCCAAGUUCAUAACGGUUCUCCCUAUGAAUGAGCCAUGUGAUGUACAGGGGGUUAACGUCACACUCCUCGAUGCCAAUCACUGCCCUGGUGCUGCAAUGUUUUUGUUCCGAUUGCGUAAUGGUCAGACAAUCCUUCAUGUUGGUGAUUUCCGUGCAAGUCGAGCCAUGGAGAGUUACCCUGCCUUGACGGGCACCAAGAUUCAUCAACUCUACCUCGAUACAACAUACUGUGAUCCAGCGUACACAUUCCCACCUCAAGAAGAAACAAUAGCGAUUACUGUUAACAUUGUCCUUGAAGCGAUUGAAGAUGAUCCGAACACUCUAUUCGUAUGUGGAACUUACACAAUCGGGAAAGAAAAAAUAUUCUUAGCCAUUGCAGAAGCACUCAGCUGUAAAGUGUGUGUGAACAAGGACAAGAAGGACAUCCUGGAAUGUCUAGAAGACCAGCAUAUAAAGGACAUCCUGACUCUCCGAUGGGAAGACACCAAGGUUCAUGUCUUGCCAAUGGGGCAACUCAAUGCGAAGAGCCUGGAAGUACAUCUACAGAAAUACAAAGGGAAAUAUUCUAAGGUGGUAGCUUUUGAACCAACUGGAUGGACCCACAGUAAACAGAAGAAGACAUCUAACAAACUCCAACCAAAGUUUAAGAAUGAUUCAAUCAUAAUCUAUGGUAUUCCAUACAGUGAGCACAGCAGUUAUUUGGAAAUGAAGCGGUUUGUUCAAUUCAUGCGACCAACAAGAAUUCUUCCAACAGUGAAUAACGGUAGUGCCAAAAGUCGCCAGAAGAUGACGGCUAUAUUUGAUGAAUGGAUGCAUGAGAACUGAAUUAGUGUUAUUCCAGACUCUUGCAUAGAGGGUGUGGUGGACUAAUAUUGUGUGCUGUGAUGCAAUAUGUCUCUGUCCGGUUGUGAAAUUCAGCAAUUCCUCCAUGUCGCCAAUCAUGAUGUCCACGCCUGUGAGCAUGCACAAUUGCCUUGUUAGCGUACAUAGAGGUAAUGCGCAUGUUCACAGGCAAUGAUAUCCAAAUUGGCUGCAGAGAUGAUGCUGUACAAAAUGUACGACAUGGUUGUACUACUUGCUAUAGAGUGUCUCAAAAAAAUAUUCACUUCUAUUCAGUUGGAUCCAAUCUAAGAUGGAGGUUGUUCCAAUCUAAGAUAGGGGUUCCUGAUUGUUUCAAGGUUAACUUCAGAUGAUCAUUUUGGUCCAGCUUGACUAUCAGUCAUGGUGGCUACCUCACAAACAACUAACACCUGUAACUUUUGUCCAAUUAUUGAUUGUUUCUUAUCUUUAUUGUAUUACUUUUUGUAACAAAGAUUUUGUCAAGUUGUUUGAUUGGAAUUCAUAGGUUUUACGAGUUAAUA